UGUGUGUGUGUGGAUCUGACUGGAUGGAGACAGGCUGCAGUGACUCGCAGGUCUGAAAACACAACAGAGGCAGCGAUGAACCGACAAGGUUUUGGUGGAGCUGCACCAUCCAUGAACUUCUCCACGAGAACAACAGAAACAUCCAUCAAUGGACGCUCACCCUCAGAUCUAACGGAUGAGGAAAUAGACAGUCUACGCUUUGAACUUGCAAAGACGGAGGAUGAAAUUCAGACUUUGCGGCAGGUGCUUUUGGCCAAAGAAAAAUAUGCCACAGACGUGAGGAGGCAGCUGGGUUUGAGUCCCCUCAGUAACAUCAAACAAAACCUGUCCAAAGGCUGGCAGGAGGUCCAAACGUCCUCCCCAUAUCUCACCGCCUCCGCCACUCUGGAUGACAUCAGCCACUCCAGCGCGUAUGUGAGGACACGGGACAGUCUCUCUCAAGCAGGACAUGUGACGACCUCUGUGCUGUCCAAUAUGGGCGUGGCCAUCACCAGGAGACUGGCAGAGAUGAGAGCUCUGCCUCUCCCGAGUCCGCCACGAAACCUGAGCCACACCAUCAGUGUCCCGACCAUGAGACACUCUUCUACUUUCAAGUCCUUCGAGGAAAUGGUCGGCAGUGUGAAGGACAAGGUGACGAAUAACGGAGACAAUUCCGGGUUUGAAAGAAGAUCCUCACGCCACAACACAUGAGAAACACACCACAGUUCAUUAUUUUUCAUACCUUCAAGAAAACAUUUUAUUUUACCUUCUCGUCCGUGUUUAAAUUGUCUGCUGUUAUUUCUCAGUCUGGAUUAACACACAAUGACAGAUAGAAUGGAUUAAAUUUGUAAUGUCACCUUGUUUUAACCUCAAACAUCAAAAUAAUAUUUGAAUAGGUUUUUAAUAGGUUUCAAAAAUGCAUUUUUGUGUAUUUUGAGAUUUAAGUCCAGUAAACCAAUAUUCUGAAGUAUCUGCAAUAUGCACCCACUGACAUCAGUUGACAUGUAAUUAAAUACAAGUAUUUUUGUACU